AUGUCAUCCCGUACCUCUCUGGUCCAUUUCCGAGGAAGGACCACCCACCUCUCUUCCACCUCGACCGACCUCAUCUUCGAUCCCACUCCCACCCCUCUCAGCCAGCACGACUCGAAAGUUCACACUCUCAAACUGCCUUGGGAUCGAGUGGGGACCUUAUUGAAAACCUCGGAAGAUACGGUCAAGCUUUCUUGGAUAGAGGGAGUAGAGGGGCAAGAGAAGGCGGUCGUGGAGGAGGUGCAGUGGAAGGGUUACGCCACCACCCCAUUCGAGAAGGAAGCGAGUGAGGCUGACCUACAGCCUCCGCAAGAGGAGGAUUGGUUGGCCCAUCUUCGAAUCCCUUCCCAUCUAUUGAGCACACCAUUCGAGAAUCAGAACAACUCGAAGCAACACACGAUUCAUAUUGUCCGGAACCCGACUUGUUCGCAACACGAUUCGCGAGCCCAAAUCGUCCUGAGCUCGUUACUCACCUUACUCGUCAAUUCGGGCCAUGUUCACUCGGAGCGAUCCAUACACGUUCACGAGACGACGAUGCAAGCUGGUGGGACCAUGAUUGGGAGACAGAUCGUUCUACGUGAUCCGGCCGGGCCAAGGACGGUGGUCGUCCUCGGGGGAGAUGGCACCGUCGGGGAGGUGGUCAAUGGCUUGUUGCAGGGGGUCGAUGUGGAAGGGGAGGAGACGAAGGAGGUCAAAGAGACCGGGUUGGUGAUAAUGUGAGUACAUUGACCGCAUUAAAAAACGAGACGAGUGUCACAAAAAAAAACACCUGCCGAUUGACCCACUCUUUGCCAUUAAACCCCCCCCCCCCCCCUUACCCCCACUUUUCAUUUUGUUGCACUUUUUUUUUCUUUCAGACCGCUCGGCACCGCCAAUGCACUCUAUCAUCACCACUUUCCACCCGAGCAUCACACCGAACUUGAUCCUGCACUCCGUAUCUACCAAUCCGUCUUUGCCUACCUCCAUCGACGUAACGAUCGACCAAGACCGUUGAACGUCGCUCUCAACAUACUCCCUUCCCUCAAAGGAGAGCCGGAACGACUGUUCACGCUCGUCGUUACCUCCACCGCUUUGCACGCCAAUAUCUUGUACGACGCUGAGAAAUUACGCUCGACCCAUCCAGGUGUGCAGAGGUUCAAGAUCGCCGCCGGUGAGAAUGCUACCAGAUGGUAUGAGGGAAAAAUCAAGAUGGUCGGUGCCGUCAGUAGGUGGGACGCGGGCCUGUGCCGGUGGGUGUACGAAAGUGGGGAGAUCGGAUUGGACGGUCCGUGGGUUUACGUCGUCGGCAGUUUGGUGUCCCGGUUCGAAAAGGAUUUCAUCGUCGCACCUUUACGAACGAGAUCGAUCACCACGCAAGCCGAACAAGAUCAAGAAUUCGAUUCGUCGAUCGAUGUCGUUCUCGUCAGACCGUUGAGAGAUCCGCUCACGCGCAAGGUGUUGGAAUCCGAAGGAGCGCAAAAGGCGAAAGAGUUUUUCGUGGCGGGUUUGUGGGAGACGUUGGGAGGGAUCUAUAGAGGUGGGAAACACGUGGGGAUGAGAUGGAACGAUGGCACGGAGAGGGUCGAGUAUUAUCGAUGUAGGAUGGUCGAGUGGGACGCGGUGGGUCUGGUUCAUGCUCUGUCGAAUGUAAGCUUUCUUUUUUUUUGGCUGCGUCGGAACUGAUGCGUUUCUUGUUUGUUCAAAACAGCCCGAUUCGGACGACGUCAAGGAUCGAUUGGUAUGCCUCGAUGGACUGGUGAGGGAUUUGGGGAGCAAAGGUGAGGGUCAUGGGAGAGGUAGGUAUGCGAUGAAGGCGCUGGGGAGUGGGAAGACGGGGUUGGGCAUUUGGGCAUGA